CCAGAUAGCAGACUCAUUGGAGCAGCAUGGUGUUUCAUCACAGAUCAAAAGGCAACUGGUCAAACAAUCAGUUUUUCAACAAUGAGGCCGCCGGUGGAAGUGUCCGUGUUUCUCCUCUCCCUCCUGGCUCCUGGAGUCUUGUACACCUUGAACAACAUCCCUGCGCUUCAGGAACCUCUGCCUGUCCUGGGAAUGGGAAUGGUUGUCCUGGGAUCGGUUCUUCUUCUCCUUCUCCUCACUGUGCCACACAAGAAUAAAAUUGACCCUUUAUUCUAUGCGUUUGCAGAGUUUUCCUUCACCUGCAUGGUGGGCCUGACUAAUGCUUUAGAGCAGGAUGGCUUCAUCUCUGGCUUCAUGGGCUUCUAUCUAAAAGCGGGUGAACCUCAUCUGAGUUCGGCCUACGCUGUGAUGAUGUCUUACUGGGAAGGCGUCUUUCACUUUGUCCUCUUCCUCACCAUCAUCCACCGCAUGUUCAGAGGGAAGUCCUAUCGAAGCCUGGGCCUGCUGUGGACGGGCUCCUCCAUCGCCCAUCAAAUUGUUCUCAUCCCGGGAGUGGUCAUCGGUAAAUACGGGUCUAACAUUCGGCCGGCCUUUUGGAGGAAUGUGCCGUUCUUUCUGGCGCCUUUCUGGGCGGCUUCCCUGCUCUUUAGCAGACCCAGAGAGAUGCCGGUUGUCACAGCGGACAAGAUCGCAGAGGAGCAGAAGAAAGGUCUGCUGUCCCGCCCGCUCGACCUGCUUCUCUCACUUCUGUUAGUGGGAGCGAUGGCCUUCUCUGUUUUCAGAGGCUUUGUGGUGCUGGAUUGUCCUCUGGACGCUUGUUUCACAUACAUCUAUCAGUACGAGCCGUACCUCAAAGACCCAGUCGGCUUCCCCAGGGUUAUGAUGCUGGUGCAUUUGUUCUAUGCUCUUCCCCUGCUGACGGUCCUCAUCUAUGGUCUGAGAACACCCGGGUGCAGCUGGAUGUUAGACUGGACCAUCUUCUUUGCUGCAGCCAUGGCUCAGAACCAGUGGUGCCAUAUUGGUGCAUCUCUGCACUCCCGCACUCCCUUCACAUACCGAGUCACAGCAGACAAAUGGUGGCCUGUUAUCACCCUCAAUGUGCUGCUCGCUGCUGCGCCGGCUCUGCUGGCCCUGCGCUGCCGCACUAACCCUGCUUAUUUUAUGAAUCCUGUUCCCAAGGGACAGACCAACGACGAGAAGAAGAAAAACUAAACCACACACCAGCUGCCGGCUGUCGAGGAAUACUUCACGCUGUGAUGGGCCGAAUGUUUUCUGUGGACUCGCUUUUGUGGACAAACUGCUUUAAACUCACAAUUUUUCAACCUCAAAACCCAGAGGAAAUCUAAAGACACUGCUCUUGAGUCAACUGUUUUGAAAAUCAGUCACCUCGUGCAGCACUCCCUGCAUGGACUAUUGGACCCUGAUAAGAAGGCUGUUGAUGGAGUUGAGGGCUGUGAUCGUCUCACACAGCUUUCAGGUGACUCAUCCAGACACCCAGUUCGUAAAGUCAUGAUUCUACAUCUUUCUAUGCAGAAAUCCAGACCAAAAUCUCUGCAGCUCUACAGCUGAAAGUUUGUUCUUACCGAUCUAACAUUGACAGGGUCAGUGAACUUAUACUUAUAAAAUCUUGAAAGUCUGAAUAACUUACGUUGAUGUGAUAAGGGAGAUGGUAGCAGAUGUUACUCAAGAAGAAAAGUCGACCUGGUGAUGGAUACUGUGCACCGUCUUUGGUGAUUCUAUUUGUUGUUACUGGGGCUGCAACUAAUGAUUGAUUGAUCAAUCAUUUGGUCUAUAAAAUGUGAGUAAUAAUUAAAAAAAAAAAAAAAAUGUGUAUCACUA